AUUUGUCCAGAAAUCAUUGUGUCACUCAGAUAACCAAUUCAACAUUAUCACCCACCUCCUUUCCCACCUAUCCCAACAUAUUUUGUGCAAACAUGACCGUUCUACGAUCAGCUCUGGGCCGGCAAACCCGGCCACUCAAUCUCCGCGCUAUGUCCAGGCCGAGGUCUCUCAGCACCAGCAGCACCACCACCGCCAGCGAAGCAGCAAGUCAGAUGCUACACACUUUCCAGGACAAGACCAUCGUCCGAAAACAGACUCUAGACGGCAAUCAGCUACAAAAGUUGUGUCUCACGCUGGGCCGAAGGUAUGGCCUAGGCCCCCAACUGGACCUCACGCUCGGCUGUCCCCCAGCGGGAACACCAGUGCCACCGGGAUACCAUCUGGUAUACUUUACGCCAUCAGAACUGGAGGAGGAUCUUGGUGCCGAUGGCACAGACCGCACGUUCAACGCACCCGCGCCUUUUACGAGGCGCAUGUGGGCAGGAGGACAGAUGCGGUGGAACGACGGUACCGAGCUGAGGGUUGGGGAGCAGGUUGAGGAACACACAAAGCUCCUGAGUGCCGUGGCGAAGAAGAGUCGUGACGGCAGUGAGAUGGUUCUGGUGGAGGUGAACAAAGAGUUCUGGGGUGAAAGAGGCUUGGCGCUGGUCGACCAAAGAUCUUGGAUAUUCCGGAAAGAAAUCGACCUUUCGGCAAUAUCAUCAUCAUCCACAUCCUCAAUGCCUCCGAUUCCUCCACCGCGAGGAGGCAAGUCAGAAGUGCGAGACGUUAUAGUGGGUGACAAUGCCCUGCCGGACCGGGUCUUCAAGUGGUCGCCCGCCGCCCUGUUCCGGUUCUCGGCUCUCACUUUCAACGCGCACAUGAUUCACUACAACGAGAGCUGGACGAGGGCCGUCGAGAACCAUCCGGGCGUGGUCGUGCAUGGGCCGCUGAACCUGAUCAACAUGCUGGAUUACUGGCGAGACGUGCACCGCGUGGAGGGGUCCGUCUUGGAGGAGAUCUCGUAUAGGGCUACGGCGCCGAUAUACGCGGGGGAGGAGUAUGCCAUGUCGAGCUCCAAGAUGAACACGGAUUAUGGCAUAUUUGAGGUGCUGGUGAAGAAGGGGGAUCAGGUUUGCAUGACGGGACAUAUCAGCGAGGCCUCGAGCUGGAGUUAUUAGAGAUGAUGAUGAUGAUGAUGAGCGUAAUUAUCACACUUAAUAAUGCAUGGUCCGGUUGCGGACGUUUGCCUGCAACUGGUUUUCCAGCGUUGCUCGCAGUUGAUGGAGAGGAUCAGAGGGAGUGGGUUGGUUGAUUAGGUUAACUGACGGUUUACUACCGUGACCCACGGUUAAAUACUGCACACCAGAAUCCAUGCGCCCCAUUGCACCU